UCGCUUUGGCGGCGGGAUACGACCCCCUCGCCAUCACCGCCGAUGGCACUGUCUGGAGAUUGCUACGGCAAUCUCAAUCGCCGCGGGAACUGCAGCCCGAACCGAUCGAGGCUUUGGUGGGGCAGCGCGUUGUCGCUGUGUCGGCUGGAAGAGCUCACAGCCUCGCCCUCACCGCCGACGGCCUUGUUUGGAGCUGGGGGGAGGGAUGCAAUGGCUUCCGGCUCCUUCUCCCUGCUGCGGCAGCGGCGGCGCGCGGUGCAGAGGUUGCUGAGGCUGCGCGCCAGAGGAGGGCAGCGGCGGCAGCGGCGGCGUCUUCAGCGGCAGCGGCAGCGGCUGCUGCGGCGGCAGAGCAGGCCGCGGCGGCGGAGGCGGCGGAAUUGGAGGCUGUGCUGAGGACGGUACAGGCCGCCGCCGCCGCUGCUAAGGCGAAGCAAGCGGCAGCAGCCUCCGCUACGGCCAAGGCGGCGGCGGAGGCAAAGGCAGGGGCGGAGGCGGCAGCCCUUGUGGAGGCGCAUGAGCAGGGUUUGUGCGAGAGUUGCAAGAACCGCUGGAGCUAGCUCACGAUGAACACAUCGGCGCGUGUCUCCACAACCCGUCCAAGUUACCAAGUGUGAAUGGAGAAUGCAGGCCAUGUGAUGGCAUAUGCAGCUUGCAGGCGUGAAACAAAUGUUUCUGUAUUUGGAGUUUGCUUUUUCGUGUUAACCUGGAU